ACUCUGUAUCGGACCACAGACUUUCCUUUUAAUAUUUAGCCAAGCGCGGUUAACUUAUUAUUAUUUACGUUUUUAAUCAGUGGCAGUCAGUGGUUCUUAAAAAAAAUUGUUGUAAAUAACCUUUGAAAUAACAAUAAAUAAUAAUUCUAUGAUAAUAAAUUGAAUAAUUACAUCUUGAUGUGCGCCAAUUAACUUUAGGAAGUUAGUAUCACAGUUUAUUAUAUUACCAUUUUGUAUAAAUGGAGGUGGAAAACCAGACAUUUUCUAUGAAUAAACAGAAAAAAGUCAGUAGAAAACUCAAGAGGCUGCAAUUUAUGAUUGAACGGGAUACUGGCACAAGUUGUAAUCAAACUGCUACUCAGAAUUUAGUGAUUUGUAAUGCUGGACUUGUAAAUGGAUUGUCUCAAGAGAUACUUUACGAACAUUUUUCAAAACAUGGUAGUGUUAUUGAUAUAAGAUUGGUUCCUGGCAAAUCAUAUUGUUUUGUCUCAUUUUCUAAUGUGGACUCUGCUAUAAAUGCUUAUAAUGAAUUUAAUGGUAAACUGAAAAUAUGUCAAGACAAUAAACCUAUGUAUUUACUGUAUAUUCAAGUAUUACCAGAGGUGAACAGUUUAUAUAUGUGGGAUAAGCUACCACUUGGUUUAAUACUCUGUGAUGAUUUUAUAACAUCUGAUGAAGAGUCUACAUUACUAGAAUUAUGCAAUUUUAACACUGAACUAAUUGGAAUAAUGAAAAAUAGACUAGUAAAACAUUUUGGUUAUGAAUUCAGGUACGAUAUAAAUAAUGUAGAUAAGACUAAACCAUUAAAUGAAACUAUACCUUGUGAGUGCAACUUCUUAUGGAAAAGAUUAUCUGAUUCUGAUGUUAAGUCAGGAUUUAAGGAUUUUAAUCCUGACCAGUUAACAGUAAACCAUUAUUCUCCUGGCCAAGGCAUACCCCAUCAUAUAGAUACACAUAGUGCCUUUGAGGAUCCCAUAAUAUGUCUUUCUUUAGGCUCACCAGUUGUUAUGGAAUUUAAGAAUCAGGAUAAACAUGUUUGUGUUUUAUUACCCAGAAGAUCUCUGUUGAUAAUGUCAGAGGAAAGCAGGUAUGCGUGGAGCCAUGGAAUUGUUCCCAGGAAGUUUGAUGUGAUAAAAAAUGAUUCAGUCACUGGAUAUACCUCUUUAAAAAGGGGCACUCGGGUUUCUUUUACAUUUAGGAAAAUUUUGAAUGGCGAAUGCAAAUGUAAUUACAAGGAGAAAUGUGAUUCAGGCAAUAAUAAGCAAGCUUUAGAAAAUAGUGUAGCAUCAAAGCUAGAAAAACUGCAUGUACAUGAAAUAUAUCAAAAUAUUGCACACCAUUUCAGUGAUACCAGACACAAACCAUGGCCUAAUGUUUUAAAAUUUAUCCAGUCUCUUGAUAUGGGUUCUAUAGUAAUUGAUGUGGGAUGUGGCAAUGGAAAAUAUUUAGGUAAUAAAGAUAUUUAUGACAUAGGAUGUGACUAUAGUAGUCAAUUAGUUAGUAUUUGCAAGUUCCGAGGAUAUGAGGUAUGUGUAGCUGACUGUCUAAAAAUACCUUUAAGAGAUGAUAUUGCUGAUGCUGCUCUUAGCAUAGCUGUUAUUCAUCAUUUAGCUAACGAGAUGAGAAGAUUAGAAGCUCUGAAAGAAAUAGUAAGAGUACUAAAGGUUGGUGGUAAGGCUCUUAUUUAUGUAUGGGCUCAUGAACAAAUAAAAAAUGAGGAAAAGUCAAGUUACUUGAAACAAGAUAGGAAAAAUAGAAAGAAAAUAGAUAUUUCUGAUAAUUCUCCAUCUAAUAUUGAAACAAUUAUACUUCCUGAUGGAUGUGUUUCAUUUCCAGUACACACAAAUAGAAAGGAAUUUAAAGCUCAGGAUGUUUUGGUUCCAUGGAAAUUAAAGGAUGAGAAUAAAAGUACAUUUCUUAGAUAUUAUCAUGUUUUUGAUGAAGAUGAACUUGUGACUAUGUGUAAAAAAUUAUCUAAUGUUAGAAUUGAAACAAGCUAUUAUGAUCAAGGAAAUGUUUGUGUAAUAUUGGAGAAAAUACAAUAAAAUGAACACUAA